AUGGAUUCACCGGUAGGUAGUAUCAGCAGCGACCUGCGACGGCAGAACGAAGAGCUCCGAGCACGUCUGGCUGGCGAGAACGCUGACCAUAAGCGAAGACUUGAUGCUUAUCGCCGGGCGCAGCAGGGCCAAGCUGCUUUAGUAUCCAGGCUUCAAGCGAAGGUACUUCAAUACAAGCAACGAUGCGCCGAGUUAGAGAAUCAAAUGCUAGAAGCAACGCCUCGCAGCGAGACAAGCUACAAGCCAAGUGGCAGCAAAAGUAUCGCGCUCCCGUCGCCUGCCGCUCUGCCCGCGUCUGACUCGCGUCAGGAUGAGAGAAUCGGAGAUCUGGAAACCGCAUUACGGCGACUCGAUGAGGAGAAACGCAAAUGUGACAAGUUGGUGUCUCAAAACAACUUAUUACGAGAUCAGUUAGAGGAAUCCCACCAGCUCAACGAGGCUCUCACAAAUGAUCUGCAGAAGCUUACAAACGACUGGGAGGCUUUGAGGGACGAGAUGACUAUCAAGGAAGAUGAGUGGAAGGAUGAAGAACAAGCCUUCAACGACUACUACUCAAAUGAACACAAUCGUCUCCUCAAUCUUUGGCGUGAAGUGGUUUCUGUUAAGCGUUUCUUCUCGGAGCUUCAGAGCAGUACUGAGCGUGACUUGUACAAAGUUAAGAAUGACAUUGACUCUGCUGCGAGGGAACUUGUUGGAACAAUCAGUGGAUAUGCUAUUAAUACUUAUGCAUCUCAGGGUACUAAGCCAGAAGCUCAGCAGAAUGCAACAACAAGUACAGCAGUGGAAAACCUCCGUUCCGAAUUGCACAAUGUAACAACUCAACGAGAUUCAGCAAUUGCAGAAUUACGGGAGCGAGACGCGCGCAUACAACGCUUGUUGGGAGAGUUGCAAGGACUGGAGGAACGCUGCGAUACUGCUGAAACGAUGUGCUCAGACGCGAAUAUAAUGCGGUCUGCUUUAGAAGAGGUCGCUCGUGUGCUGAUAAAGGACUCCGAGCCUGAUAGUGCACCGCAACAUUUACAUCUAUCUGAAAGGUAAACUAAGCAAUAAAGUAUUACGCCGGCUACCGGUGGUGCGCUGUUCGCCGAGAGCACGCUGUCAGCGCUGCAGGCGGCGCUGCACAACUACCGCAUACGAGUGCACGAGCUGCAGGUUAAGCUUCAAAACGCAAGAGAACAGCUGGGAACAAGCAGGAAACAAUGUGAAGUGGCUGAUUCCAGCAUCAUCACUUUGGAAAGCAAGGUUCAAGAUUUGCAAGGAAAAUUAGACCAAGCCAACGCAGAUCUUAAUCAACUGCUCCAAGAAAAGGAAUCUAUGCAGAAGACUCUAGAAGCUUUGAGGAUCGAUAAGAACAAUCUUGAGAGAAAUCGAGUCGAAAUUAAUGCAAUGGUUGAAUCACUAACUUCAGACUACGAGAAACUGCAGAAGAUCAACGCUCGUUUAGAGAAGAAUAUCGAAACUCUUGAAGAGGAGAAGCGCACUUUGAACACCGAAGUAGACCAUCUGAAACACGAAGCCGCUAAUAGGGAGUCUGUUUUGAGGGCGGAGGAAGAGCGGUCGUCCCGCCUGCGCUCGGAGCUGGUGUCGGUGCGCGAGGACCUGCACAAGACGGCGCUGGCGCGGGACCUGCUGGACCAGCAGAAGCUGGAGGCCGAUGCGGUGCUCACGCAGUUGGAGAAGAACAGGAGUGAUCUAGAAAUAGAGUUGGAAAGAAUAUUGCUAGAACGCGGCGACCUGCAAGACCUCGUGGACAAGUUGCAGUCGUUGGUGCGUAACUUGGAGGCAGACAAGAAGAAGUUACAGGAAGACGUUAAAAACUUAGAAGACGAAAAAUCGUCCCUCUCAAAUCAAUCAUCAGAACAACAAGGUGACCUUAACUCCUUACGCAAGGAAUUGCUCGCUGCAGAACAGAAUAGAAUGGAGUUAGAGGCAGACAAAGCUUCUCUUUACGAGAAGAUCAAGUUCCUUGAAGGGGAGAGAGAGAAGGUUGAGAUGGAGUUGAGACAAGUUAUGAGAGAACGUGGUGAACUCAGUUCUCAAUUGACAGCAAUGGCUCGGAAGAAGGACGCACUUAACGAGGAGAUUAUACGUCUGCAACAGAGACUUGAACAAGCUAACGAAACUAUUGGGAGACUGAACAGGUCUCUGGAUGAUCAUGUCAAAGAUGCUGAAGAGAAACAGAUCCUCAUAGACAAUCUAGAUAAAGACAAACAGCAUCUACAAGAGCAACUCGCCGGUGUUAGGUCAGAGAAGGAUGCAUUAGAAGCGGUGUUGUUUGACACGGCCAACAUGUUGGAAGACGCCGAGAGUAAACGGAGCAAGUUGGAACAAGACCUGCAAGAGUGUUUAGUUCAACAGGAGAAUUAUAAAGGUCAAAUCUCUCGCCUAACCAAAGACCUUGAGAACAGCGAAAGGAAACUUCGAGAAACAAGGAACAGUAUGUCCCAACAGUCCGGGAAAAAAGAGGCCGAAUAUCAACAAGUUAUCACAAAUCUUAAUCGAACUACCAACGAAAACAUAACUAAGCUCAAGGAAGAGAAGGAACAAUUACGCCAAUCGUUAGAACAGAAACUAAGUCAGACAAUAGCGGCGCUGACGAGUGAGAAGGACACAUUGGAAGCGGGUGCGAGGGAGAGAGAGAAAAAAUUAUUAGCACUGCGCGAUCAGCUGAUCUUACAACACGAUGAAGCUUUGUUGAGAGCUGAGAACGAUAAACAGCAAGCUUUACUUAUGGCUCAUCAAGAACACCAAGCUCUAUUGGAACGUCUCGAAGAUGCAAAACGCUCGCUCUGCUGCGAACAGAACAAGUUGGAACGUGUUCGCAGAGACGCACAGGCGAGGUCCGAGCAAGACAGGAAUAAUAUAAAUCAGCUUAAGGACGAUCUGGCCACCUUGAAGACUAGGUUGGAAGAGGCAAAAGCGGCCGCCGAAGACGAGUGCGCGCGUCUAGGAAACCGGAUCAAAGAGCUUCACCUAGAGAAGGAAGCAGUGACCCGCGAGUGCGUGGAGGCGCGCGCGCAGCUGGCGCUGGCGGAGGACCGGCGCGACGCGCUGCACGUGCAGCUGCAGGACGCGCUGCGGAGGAUGAAGGAGCUGGAGAACGAGUCAGACAGUCUGCGCAAGGAGCUGACAGACGUGCGGCGACAACUGUCCAACUGCACGGCGGAGCGCGACAAGUACAACAGCGCGUGUCGCGAGCUCCGCGAUCACGUGAAACGGUCCGAACUGGAGCGGAGGGAGGCGGCGCGGGCGAGGGACGAGGCCUACCAUAAGAUUGCGGGUUUGGAAGAGAACCGCACGUCUCUCGAAUUGGAGCUCUCCCGUGUUCAGACGAUGCUCAAGGAGUCGGAGAGUGGUGGAGAGCACGCGGAGAGAUCUCUCCGCGCAACAGAGGCUCAGCUGAAGAGAGAACGCGCCGCCUUGGAGCAGGCGCAGCAUGACAUCAAGGAACUUCAAUCUAGGCUUCAGAACGAGAACGAGGAACGCGAACGUUGUGCGGGCGACGCGGCUACUGCUAAACGACACGGCGCAGAGUUAGAGGCGAUGUUGGGCGCCGCUCGCGCCGACCUCGCCGCCGCGCGCCAGCGGGCCGCCGAGUUGGACGAGGCGUGCCGCGCCCGGGACCAGGAAUUAGUGCUACGCCUUGAAGACUGUCGAUCCAAAGAGCGUCGGUUGGAAGAACUGAAACAUAACUUAGAAGUAUGUCUUGCUGAUGCGACACAACAGAUACAAGAAUUAAAGACGCGGUUGGGAGGUUGUGAAGGCCGCUGCCGCGGCGUGGAGGCGGCGCUGGCGCACAGCGAGGCGGCGCGGCGCGAUGCGGAGGCGCGCCUGUCGUCCGUGGCGCUGGCGCUGCGCCGCGUGUGCGGCGUGCAGCCCGACGGCAGCGUGCAGCCGCAGGCGCGCCGCCGCCUCGCCAGCCCCGCGCGCCGCUACAGCCCGCACAGAGGUCGUGAUCAUUCAGAAGACCGUAACGAAAUUAUCGACGUUGAUCCCGAAUUGAUCAAAAAGGGCAUUCGUAAUUUGAUGCAUGAGGUGUGUCAAAUUGAGAGGGAAAAGGAUGAUUACAAAUCGCAAUUGACUGUCCUGAAAAAACAGUUGAAGGAUGUCACAGAACAGCAGGGCAAGGGUGAAGGUCGUCUUCAGUCUCUCAACAAUAACUUGCGUGGUUUACAGGAGGAAAAAUCUCGCUUACAGACUGCUCUCGGACAAAAGGAAGCUCAAAUGACCGCCUUGAAUGAGUCGGUGCAAACAAAGACAGUGGAAAUUAGCAAUUUGAGGGACAAGAUAACGAGCCUCGAAGCUGCUCUGAGUUCUACAAGUGAAGAUAAAGUACAAAAUGAGAACAAAUCCGAAAGUCUACGAGUUCAAUUAGCCGAGCGUGUGCAAGAAGUUGGUCAGCUACGUGAAGCCCUUGCAGCAGCUGAAGGUCGAGCGGCACGACUGGACGUGCGUCGCGCACAACUGGAGGGCGACGUGCAGCGCGCGGCCGUGGCGGCAAGAGACCGCGACCAGGCGCUCAAGAAACUCCAAGAGCGAUGCGAAGGUUACCAACGUACUAUCGCUUCGUUAGAAGACAGAUGUACGUCUCUAAAGGGCACAGUGGAACAGCUCUCAACUUCCCUACAAAAGGCAGCCACAGCAGAAAGUGAGCUCAGAGCGGAACUGAGCAAAACUCAAAGACUGCUCAAUGAGGCUAAGAAUAACGAAGGCAAUGCUAUGGACAAGUUGCGGCAAUUACAGAAGAAUGUUGCAAAUUGCGAGAACGAACGUCGCGUUCUGACUGAGAAGUUGGAGAGCGCUAAGUCAGCGCUGAGUGAGCUGAAGCGCCUCAACUGUACCUUAGAAGACCAGGUGCAUCGCCUUACUAACCAACUGGCAAAUAUUGAAGCACAGAGAGCUGACUUAGAAUCCCAACUACGUAUGACUACGUGGGACGGUAAGGAGAGCAAUGACAGCGGUGAACUCGAACGCGAAUUACACACAUUACAGCGUGAAAGAUCAGAAUUGAAAGCAAAGAAUGACGCGUUACAAGAUACUGUCAGAAAAUUAGAGGCCGAAAGGCGUAUGACAAGACCGUCGGUGCUUCGUAGUAAGAGUCAUGACAGAACCGAGAAGAGUGUUUAUUAUUCGUCUGAUUUGGAUUCUGGUGCAGAUUCAACAAAAGAUUCACGGGGCUACAAAGAUUACAAGGACUACAAGGAAGUGCCUUGCAAAGACAAGUCUUACAGCUCUGAUUUCAGUCUUUUAGAGUUAGAGAAUAGAGAACUGAAAAUGAAAAUCAGGCGUCUUGAGAAGGAACUUGCUGAUAAAGAGUCAGAACUAGCCAUGGCUCGUAACCGCUACUUCAGCGACAAGUCCUCGUGUAGCGGCAAUAGACAAGACAUAGAGCAGUACCGUCAGGCGGCGCUACAGGCCGAGAGGCUCCUGGAGGCGCGGGAGGCGAGUCAUAGACAACAGAUUAUGCGUCUUGAGAAUCAGCUGUCGUCGCUGCGCGCGCAGCUGUCGGCGGAGCUGCGGCGGCGCGCGGCGUACGUGUCGCGCAGCGGCCGCGCGGCGCGCGACGUGCAGCGCCUGCGCGCCGCGCUCGGGGACUCGCUGCGCGCCGUCGAGCAGGAUCCAGCGCUAGAUUCUUACACUUUGGAACACGAAGCCAGGAAGCUAGACAACACCCUGACGCACAGUCUCCCGCCUCUCAAUGACAGCUUUGGUUCAUCAAAAUAAACAAGAAAAGAGAAAAAUACAUUUCAGAAAAACUGUUCAAUUUCGAACAUUGUAAGAACACAACUAAAAGUUAUGUAAAAUGACUGUUCACUUUUGAUCUUUGUAGAACAUUUUUCUGAAUAAAAUUUGAAUAGGCAAUGCGA